GAUGUAAGGAUGUGCACCACGAGAACCAUUGUCAAGGGAGCUGCCUGAGAAGCACUUACUUCCCUCCUGGGACAAUUCUGUUCCCAUCAAGUUCAAAAAAGAAGAAGAGGGAAAAAUGCACGUGUUGAUUUAUAUGCAGUUAAAAGGAAUGCCUUGAGGGAACCUCUGGCACUGUAAAAUACAGGGUUAGAAGCUCCUGUUGGAUUUUACAAGCCCCCAGAUUGCCAGGGCAUUACGUUAGGAACAUCCAGUGAUGAGCAGAAUGGAAAAAAUGGCUUUAUGCCCAACAUACCAAAAUGAUUAAUUCAGCCCACUGUCCUAUGAUCUCUAGUGGCCAAACCCAACUCGUGAAUUAGAUAAAAGGGGGAAACUUGAGAGGUUUCAGAGGGAUUAUUUCACCUUCAUAGUCCAGGAACCUUGCCUUGGUUCAUCUUUCCAUCUUUCUCUUUCCAUUUACUCCCUGUGUUCAAAAGCAAUGGCUCAAAAAUCAGUCAGAGUUACUAAGAAUUUUAGUGCAUCUUCGGCUGUUAUGCCAGGUAGCCGAACUGGCUUUAGCACUGUUUCAGUAUCCCGGGGAGGUGGAGCAGGCCUUGGACAUGGUGUUGGUGGCUUCGGGAGCAGGAGCCUCCAUGGUUUUGGAGGAAGUAAAAGAAUCUCCAUGGGUGGCUAUCGCACUGCCCGAUCUGGAUACGGUUAUGGGUUAGGUCAUGGAGGAGUUGGGUACAGGAUCGUCGGUGGUGCUGGGUAUGGAGUUGGAGCUGGUGGCAUCCAUGAGGUGACGGUCAACCCAAACCUCCUGGCUCCUCUCAACUUGGAAAUUGACCCAACCAUCCAAAGAGUAAGGAAAGAAGAGAAGGAGCAGAUCAAGACACUCAACAAUAAAUUUGCCUCCUUCAUUGACAAGGUUCGCUUUCUAGAGCAACAAAACAAAGUGCUUGAGACAAAAUGGAGCCUCCUGCAGGACCACAAGAUCACCCGUCAUAACUUUGAUGCAAUGUUUGAGGCAUACAUCGCUAAUCUAAGGAGGCAACUAGAGGGUAUUUUGGGAGAGAGACCACGGCUAGAGUCAGAGCUGAAGAACAUGCAGGAUACAGUGGAGGACUUCAGGAUCAGGUAUGAAGAUGAAAUUAACAAGCGUACAGCUGCAGAAAAUGAAUUUGUAGUGCUCAAAAAGGAUGUGGAUGCUGCCUUUAUGAAUAAGGUUGAACUGGACACCAGAGUGGAUUCCAUAAAUGAUGAAGUCGCUUUUCUGAAAGGUUUCUAUGAAGCAGAAUUAGCCCAGAUGCAUGCCCAAGUUUCAGACACCUCUGUAAUUCUUCAAAUGGACAACAACCGAAAUCUGGACCUGGAUAGCAUCAUUGCUGAAGUUAAGGCUCAGUAUGAAGAUAUUGCCAACAGGAGCCGAGCAGAGGCUGAAUCAUGGUAUCAAAGCAAGUAUGAGGAGUUGCAGCUGUCAGCUGGAAGGCAUGGAGAUGAUCUGCAUAAUACGAAGAUUGAGAUCUCGGAGCUGAACCGCAUGAUCCAAAGGCUCCACUCUGAGAUCGACAAUGUGAAAAAGCAGUGUGCCAACCUGCAGGCAUCCAUUGCUGAUGCAGAGCAGCGUGGAGAACUUGCCCUGAAAGAUGCCAGGAACAAGCUAGCUGGAUUGGAGGAGGCUUUGACGAAGGCCAAGGCAGACAUGGCCCGUCAGCUACGAGAGUACCAGGAGCUGAUGAAUGUCAAGCUGGCCUUGGACAUUGAGAUUGCCACUUACAGGAAGCUGCUGGAAGGAGAGGAGAGCAGGCUUGCUGGAGAGGGAGUUGGUGCAGUAAACAUUUCUGUUGUCCAUUCAUCUGGAGGCAUGAGCUAUGGAGGCGGCGGCAGUGCCAUGGGCCUUGCAGGAGGAGCUGGUCUCGGCUAUGGAGGAGGAGGCCUCAGCAUGGGAGGAACCAGCAUCAGCUCUGCUGGUGGAAGAGGGCUUGCAGGGAGCAUGGGUUCGGGUAGGGGGAGCAGUUCCAGUAUGAAAAUUGUAUCCAAAACAUCUACAACCAGAAAGAGCUAUCAGAGCUAAAGGCUUUGGCUGUAAAAAUCAGUUAGAGCAGAUCCCCACUCCAUCCAGAACAAAAUCUCUAACUCAACAUGUGAGGGAAUACCGUUGUCUUUUAGCUGCUUUUUCAUUGCAAUUUUCAUCAGCCUUGACAGGGUAGUAAGUGGUGAGGGAUGAUGAGUGUUGCAAUCCAAAACCAGCUGGGAGAAUAAAUGUUUUUUAUUCCUUCUAUAAAGCAUGGGACAAUUUCUAGCAUAGUAUGGACUUGGAGGAAAGGGCUGCUUUCUCCCCCAAAGGACUCCACUUCAGCUGUUUUUCUUUUCAUGCAAUCAAACACCUGAGGCUGUUUUUGCCAGGAGAAAACCAGCUGGAGAGAAGUGCUUUAGAGGUACAAAGUCAUUAGCCAAAGAAAGGUUCAAUUCACAUGCAGCAUUCUGGCUUAGUUUGCUGUGUGGUUUUAACUUGGCCCAUGCUUUACAGAAUUUUUUGCAAGUCUCAUUCUAAAAUGCAGGUUGUGUUUCCAUUAAGUCUAACUUGCUCCUAUCCCUCAUCUUGUAUAAGAAAUCCAAAAGCUUCUUGUCAAGUAAUUCUUGCUAUACAUGUGUCCUCAUAAAGCUUUCCUAACUCAUGUAUACUGCUCCAAAGUCUCAGUGGUUCAACAGCCUCAGAUCUGGAUUUCAAGUUCUCUUCAUUCUCAGCUAAAAUAGCGCUGCUCUAUAACCCACAAAUUUUGGAUGAAGUGAGUUGCAAAUUCCAAAGAUUCCCGUCUGUCUGGUAUAUUUAAAAUGUUUUGCAUGCAUUCUAGCAUCCAUACUAGGUUCUCUUGUCAACAACUACACUCUUCUACUGAAAUGAACAAGAUGCCUCUGAGGAGUUUCUCAUCUACACUUUAGAUCCCAUGAAUAGCUGAAUCUGAUUAUUUAUAAAAGGGCUACUCAAGUUCAUACUAAAAAAGGGCCACUCAAGUUCAUUAUAUUUCAUCAGUGCGAGAAGCUACAGUUGACCCUGCCAAGCUCUCCAAUAUGCAUGAUUCCAGCUUUUCUUGUCAGCAUUAAUGGCUUUUCACAGGAUUUUAUUACAUCAGGAAUAUAAAUUAUCAGGUAAUCUAACUUUCAUCCUAUUCUUGAUUUUUAAUAGAUAUGUAAUAUCUGCUGCUUUUCAAAG